AGCAGGAGACUUUCCCUGUAGUCCUUUUUCCUUUUCCAGCACCUGUUGUGUUGCCAGUGAAGGAGGGCGCGCGCGAGAGAGCCAGCGAGCGUCCAGUAGCAGGCUUGAACUUUGCACGACUUCUCAGUUGCUGGUGCUGCCGCCUCCCGAGCAGGAGCGAACGUCACCCUGCACUGCAGCCGGGAACGCCUGGCUGGCCAUUCUGGGCUUCCUGCGGGCUCUUGCUGUUGUGGCGGAGGCGGCUGCGGCGACUCCUCCUGCUGAGUCGUGAAGGGAGAUUUCUUCUUUCCACCACCACCUUUUCCCGCCAGACCCGGGGAGGGGAGCGGGAGGAGGGGAGAGGAAGAAAGAGAGGCGAGGAAGUUCAGGCCGCGGAGUCUGUGUGGAGGAAAGGGAGGACCUUGAAGAGUUGGAGGAGAGCGGAGAACUGGGUUGGGAUAAGACCAUAGAAGGUUCUGUGCGGAAGAUAGCUGAAGUGAGCCGGGAGGGCGCGCAAGAAUUUGGGGUGGAGGAGAAAAUACUUUAAGGGGGGUGGGAGGUAGGAAAGCCUUGAGGUAAAAAAGGGGGUUUAUUCUGGUGGGAGGAGGUAUUUUUAUACUCUCUCCGCGCUCUUGUCAAGCAGACUUGGGCGUAAAACGGAAACCAGGUGCUGCUUGCUGCUGCUGUUGCGUCUGAGCAGCUGCUUGGGAGCGGCUAGCAGGAGCUUGGAGUUUCCUCGUUGCCUUUCCCCGGCCUGCCUGUGUCUUCGCUCGCAGCUCGCUUUUAUUUUCCCACCCAUUUCCGAUCUCCUCUUCCCCUCCUCCCCUGAUCAGUCAGGAAUGAUGCGGGAGAGUGGCAGUAACACGUGAAAGCAAAAGGGGGAAAAAAAAAAAUCGGGAGUCCUAAGCGGGGGGGGGGGUGAAAGAAGCUGGCUGGGCAGCGUGGCUGCUUCGUAAUAAGGGAGAAGGUGGGUUUUUUCCCUCCCCAAGGGGGCUCUCUUUCUUCCACCCCUUGUGCUUCAGUCAGUCGGGUGAUUUUUGGUUCCUGAAGCUGACAGGUGCUCCUUCGAGUCAGCAGCCGCUUCUCGCACCCUUUUCUCCUCCUCUUCUUGACUUUCCCGAUUCCACCCCCUUCCUUCCAUGCUUGUCGUGCCCUUGGGAAGCUGAUUUCAGAGCCCCGGUUAUGCUUUGAACUUUAGGGCGAGAAAGAAACCCUGGAGACGCUGGGGGAAAAGACUGUAGCGGGACAAAAAAAGUUUUGGAUGGGAUUAUGCGGAAACUACCCUGCUCUUUGCUGCCCGAGCAGGCUCAGUGCUGCUUUCUCCCUAGCGGUGCAGCCUUCGCGUGGUGGUCGAGGUGGUGAAAAGGACGCGGGGAGGGCUUGAGCCGCAAGUGCUUUGGCGUGUGUGCGUGAGAGUUUAGACCCGGCUUGCCAAAUGCUCCUCUUCGGGUUCCUCUUGCUGACAUUUGCCCUGGUCAGCCAAAGACAGGGAGCUCAAGCCGAAUCGAACCUGAGCAGCAAGUUCCAAUUCUCCAGCGCCAAGGAGCAAAACGGAGUGCAAGAACCUCAGCAUGAGAAGAUUAUUACAGUAUCUGCUAAUGGAAGUAUUCACAGCCCUAAAUUCCCAUAUACUUAUCCCCGCAACACAGUACUGGUGUGGCGAUUAGUAGCAAUUGAGGAGAAUGUGUUGAUACAGCUCACUUUUGAUGAAAGGUUUGGGCUUGAGGACCCAGAAGAUGAUAUCUGCAAGUAUGACUUUGUAGAAAUUGAAGAGCCUACUGAUGGCAGUAUUUUAGGGCGGUGGUGUGGUUCCACUGGUGUUCCCGGCAAACAGAUUUCCAAAGGGAACCAAAUCAGAAUAAGAUUUGUUUCUGAUGAAUAUUUUCCUUCUGAGCCUGGAUUUUGUAUUCACUAUACUCUUCUCACACUGCAUCAGACAGAAUCUGCCAGCCCCACAGUGUUACCACCUUCCGCUUUCUCUUUAGACUUGCUAAACAGUGCUGUGGCUGGAUUUAGUACUGUGGAGGAACUUAUCCGGUACCUUGAACCAGACAGAUGGCAGUUAGACUUGGAAGACCUGUACAAACCAGCUUGGCAGCUCCUUGGAAAAGCAUACAUUCAUGGGAGAAAAUCUAGAGUGGUUGAUCUGAACCUUCUGAAGGAAGAAGUGCGAAUGUAUAGCUGUACUCCUCGCAACUUUUCUGUGUCACUUCGGGAAGAGUUGAAGCGAACAGACACCAUCUUUUGGCCUCUUUGUCUGCUGGUUAAACGUUGUGGUGGAAAUUGUGCCUGCUGUCAGCAUUCUUGUAGUGAAUGCCAGUGUGUCCCCACCAAGGUCACCAAAAAAUACCAUGAGGUUCUACAGCUGAAGCCCAGGAGUGGUGUAAGGGGACUGCAUAAAUCUCUGACAGAUGUACCUUUGGAACAUCAUGAGGAAUGUGAAUGUGUUUGCAAAGGAAAUGCAGAAGGAUAAAGGAAGCUAGAUGUGGUUGUUUCUUUUGCAGAGCAUUCAAACAGUGGGUGAUUCUGUUCUGGGGCUUGUGCAUUAAUUUCCUUCUAUAAUCUCAGUUGUUUUCUUUGAAAAUCAUCAUGACUGACAGUUCUGGGAGAAAAAAAAGACAAAAUCGAACUAGGGUUCUUUGUAAUUUUGGAGCUCUGUUGCUUGAAGGCCCACUAUAAAGAUGAGCAGAAGGCACCAAUGAGGAAGUUUUUUUCCUCCAAAUAUCUCAUCUCUUUCAUUCAUCUUGCAUUUAAAAGGAUUAAAGUUGAGGAGUAUGGGGAAAAACACACAAAGACUGCACUCUGGCUGUCUUACUUCUACAGGUCUGUUACUUCUGGCUUACAGUUUGGAACAUCUGGAAUCUCUCAAGUCACUCAGCAACUCCUGCGUAUUCUAAAUCAAAGUGUUAAUUGUUUUACAGACUGGCUUAUUCUGAAUUAAGCUUAAUUUUUCACUGAUAUAGGUAGACAAGACUGGACACUUUGUCAUGGUUUCCAGUAAAAAUACUUAGCAAAGCUGAAUGGUCAGGGCAUGUGAGAAAGAAGGAAGAGAUGGAAACAGGGCGUGGCUUUAUUCUUGUCUCUACAGCCUGCAAGUAUUUUUGUUUAUAUUUUUAUUGUGUACAUUUUUAUACUCUUUUUGGCAGCAUAAUUAUUUGCUUUUCUAAUCUUGUGAAAUAUCUAUUUUUUACCAAAGGUAUUUAAUAUUCUUUUUUUUACUACAGCCUAGAUAAAUGACUUAGUUUUGUAAACAUUGGAGUGAGAGAUAUAGAGAGGAGGAAACAAGAUAAAAUCACUGUUUCAGCAAGGAAAGAAGUUAAAUAGUGUAUAUGCACAUAGAACAGGUAUAAAAAGAUCAUGCUAAAUUUAAGGUUGUGUGCAAAUUAGCCUCUGUGGUGAUGAUGAUAAACGUAAACAUAAAUAGCUAUCAGAAGCCUGUUCUUUAUAUAUUAGCAUCCUGAUACAGAAAAGAUCUAUGGGCAGAAGCAGGCUUCCACAAGCAUAUUGGUUGUUGAAUCAGGGACCACAGGAACUAAUAGGAUGUGUGUUGAAAUAUCUUCAUUUUGGUGGGAUGCACAUUGAAUGUGGAUCCUCAUAAGCAUUUUGACACAGCUAAUCAUGCAAAAAAACCCAUAUGACCUGCAACUAAUGAUGGAUCAGGGUGUAUUUUUAAAAUAGAAAAAAGAAGAGGAGGAGGACUGUCUUGUAAACAUGUUUAUUCAGAAUUGUUUAAUUGGGUACAGUGGUACUUGCUUCCUAGCAAAUAUGUUUCAGAUUACAGUCUUAAUUGUUACAUUAACAUGAGACAUCUCUUGACAAGACUGUCAACACUGCUGACAUUUCAGUGUCAUCUUGCCUCCAUAAUAUAUAAGGUAUUCAUGAAAAAAGACGCACAUAUUUAUUGCUUCAGGUGUAAGGGUUUUUUAUAUCAAUGUUGAUGGUUAUUUUUUCUUAAGAACAAUGGGCUUCCAAUAUUUUAAUGAUGUAUAGUGCAUUUUUAUGAAAUGUGGUUUUACUUAUGUACAGUCUAUAUGUAAGCCAGUACAUUUAUCCACCCUUUGCCAAGAGGGAAAAAGCAGUAAAAUAUUUUGCUUGUACAAUG